AUGGCGGUUAUCGUGAACCCGUUCAUUGUGGCGACGUUGCUCACAUUUGUCAUAGUCAAACUGACGUCAUGGCUGUGGUAAGUAUGGGACUACUUGUAGUAUGUAAUAUUGCUUCAUAGAGUGUCGUAAGAGGACACAAAAAAAUGCUUUUAGCAGGAAGUUUUAUAACUUAUUUUUAAGUAAGUUAUUGCUUAUAAAAUCUCUAGGUAAUUGGAGAGAGAGGGUUAGAAAAAAGCCAAGUCCCUUUUUGAAAAUAUUUACAAGCGCGUUGGAGUCAAAUUUUUCUUAAUUUUCCAUAGACCCUUGCUACACCAAUGCUUUUUCACUCUUUGUAUGACGCCUACACAGCCCCAAAUUCAUCUUUAAAAUGUGAACUUUUGAUCUGCCUUUUGUUUGUUCGCGUACCAACCAGAUCACAAUACCACUAGAGAUCCCUACAAAAACCUACAAAGAUCUUUGUCUCCUCAGCGACUCGUAUGAGGAAAUAGAAGCUAGGUUGAUUCAUCAGCGAGAGCCACUCAACAAAUGGUUUGAAACAAUAAACUUUUUUUCCAUUCUAGGCAUCGCUACCAGAAAAUCCGGCAAUGCGAUGAACUCGGCCUCAAAGGCCCUCCGGCAAACUUAAUUCUCGGGAAUUUCUCGCAAAUGAAACAACUUCUGGCUGAGCUCAACAAAACCGGAGAUGUUCGUCAUUUUUGCGCCGAUCUCAUCCAAAAAUAUGGUAGCACGGUGAGAUUUCUACUCGGCGCCGACCUCCAAGUCUUGACGGUAGAUCCAAAAGUCAUCAAGGAAGUUUUCGUCACAAAAUUCAGCAAAUUCACCAAUCGACCGGUAAGGAGUUGGGAUGUUUAUUGGGUACUCUUUAUCUUAAACUUUUUUUAGUGUUUAAGAGUAAAUCUGUGGUGUUUAAUAAGAGUAAUACGGGGUGUUUUCAGGCCGCAUUUUUCAAUACCUACCCAUUAGGAGAGAGUGUUCUAGCCGUCUCCAGAGCCGGCUGGCCCGGCCGAAAAUAUGGCUGGAAAGAAAUUAGAUCCACUGUUCAACAAUCUCUUCGUCCCAGCAGAAUCAAGAUGGUGAGUGCUUCAUUAUAGCCGAUACUUUUUGAAGUUUUAUUCAAAAAAUUGUCCAACAUUCAUUUCCACCAUUUUCAGAUGUUCCCGGUAAUGCUGAACCAAACCAAAACCUUGAUGAACAGCUGGAGAAAACAGAUAAACGAUGGCGAGACCAAGGAGUUUGGCAUUUAUGAGUAAGUGCCCAUUCACAUAUUAUACAAUAGCCUUACAUUGUAAUCGCCAUUUACCUUUUAAAACACGAUUUCUGACUCGGUGAAUUAGCCGUGGACAUAGGAAUUUUUCGAUUUUGAGAUUUACAGCUGAAUAUGUCCGCACCCAUCAUAUAAGUGUGUUCCUGAAGCCUUUUGCCCUAAUUCUCCCGUUAACCUAGUUUUAUUUACAAUUUAAGAAAUUUACAGUAACGUAAAAUAGCUCAAAAUUGAGAAGAUACUGAGCCGUAAAAUUGUUACCAUAUAUGUUUUUGGGCACUGGGAAUCCAAUGGAGGUGAUUUCGGAUCGAAAGGAUUACUGUAACAUAGCAAACUUACGCUUCGGCCGCACAAAAUCGGCCGUAAAAAAGUUGUUUCUAAAAACCCACAGCUGAAUUUUUGAUAUGUUAAUCAGCAUAAAAUUCUGCCCUAGAAACAUUCAAAAAAAGUCCAAAAAUCCGUGUUGCUAUUUUCGUGGUAUAGUGGAUUUUGACAAAAUCUAUCAAUCUGACGUCCCGGGUUCGAGUCCGGGUGGGCGCAAAUCACUGAGAAUUGGUCGGGAAUGACUUCAAUGAAGGGAAUAUAUAAGCUUGAGUUUAUUUUAGGUGAUUUUGAUAAGAUUCUGACAGUUUUCAGAUUUUUUUUGGCUAAAAAAGCCGAAAAUACAACUUUUUGACAAAUCGUAUUUUACACUGCUUUUUUGUGUUCCUGACACAAUAAGAAUGUAUAUGUAGUGUUUGUAAGGGGUCUCCAACAAGUAGAAACCAUUUCCUGAAUAUUUGGACAUUAUACUUGGUAUCUGUUAAUCUUGCCUCAUACAGACAUCUGUGGGAACUAUAAUCUUGGCUAGUGACAACGUAAUUCACUGCUUUGUGACCAUACUUCACAUUUUUUUCAGAAAACGGUUCAUUAUUGAAGUGAUUUUCUUCUAUAGAACAAUUGAUGAAACGCGGAGAAAAUUUCAUUUUCAAACUAGAUUUCUUGUGGUUACCCGCCAAAUAGUUGAAAUUUUAUGCUAGUUAUACCAUUUACGGACAAUUUGGCAAGUCAGAGCAAAAGAAAGUGCAAUCUGGAAGAUCUAUCCACUUCCUGCUUAUCAGGUGUCAAGUACAACAUUAAACCAAUUUUUUAACGGGUGGGAUUGUCGAAGAACCCCUUAAAAUUGUUACAUAUAAGUUUUUAUUGUGUCAUAAACACAAAAAACAGUGUAAAAUACGAUUUGUCAAAAAGUUAUAUUUUCGGCUUUUUUCCACCAAAAAAUCUGAAAACUCUUCAGAAUCUUAUAAAAAUCACCUAAAAUAAACUCAAGCUUAUAUAUUCAAUCCAAUGAAGUCAUUCCCGACCAAUUCUCAGUGAUUUGCGCCCACCCGGACUCGAACCCGGGACGUCAGAUUGAUAGAUUUUGUCAAAAUCCACUAUACCACGAAAAUAGCAACACGGAUUUUUGGACUUUUUUUGAAUGUUUCUAGGGCAGAAUUUUAUGCUGAUUAACAUAUCAAAAAUUCAGCUGUGGGUUUUUAGAAACAACUUUUUUACGGCCGAUUUUGUGCGGCCGAAGCGUAAGUUUGCUAUGUUACAGUAAUCCUUUCGAUCCGAAAUCACCUCCAUUGGAUUCCCAGUGCCCAAAAACAUAUAUGGUAACAAUUUUACGGCUCAGUAUCUUCUCAAUUUUGAGUUAUUUGACGUUACUGUAAAUUGCUUAAAUUGUAAAUAAAACUAGGUUAACGGGAGAAUUAGGGCAAAAGGCUUCAGGAACACACUUAUAUGAUGGGUGCGGACAUAUCCAGCUGUAAAUCUCAAAAUCGAAAAUUUCCUAUGUCCCGGCCUUGCACACGGCUGAUUCAGUGAGUCAGAAAUCGUGUUUUAAUCUCUCCGACUCUACUGUUAUUGUAGUUAGAUUGUAUUGCUAUUGUAGUUCAACUUUAUAGGGUGUUUAUUUCAGUGAGUUCCAAGCUCUUACCGUGGAUGUGAUCUGCGAAUGCUCUUUUGGCUUUGCAUUGAAUUCGGUGGAAAAUCGAAAGCAUCCAUUCUUCUUGGCUUGUGUGAAAUUAUUCAGCGAAUUUUCGCUGGAAAAAUCGUGGGGAAUGUACUUGUCAAGUGAGUCUUACAUAUUUUUUUUCAAAUCUUACAAAAAUAAGCAUUAUUUUUGCUUAUGUUUGUAAAAACAAUCUCGAUCAGCCCCCAAAAAUUGUGAUGAUUUCCGUUUUAGUGGUGUUCCCUACUCUCAGCUCAUACACAUUCAGUUUCUCAAAGCUGGGCAAAUGCGCUUACCGAUUGUGUGCGUAUUUGGAGAGCCUGAUAAAGCAACGGAUGAAGAACCGGAAUGUCGAAAGCUCCGACUUAAUCGAGACUUUCUUGAAUGAGAAUGAUCGAUUGGCCAAGGAGAAGGUAAGCGAUGAAAUUUUCUUGCCAUAAAUCGAUAGUAAACAUCCUUUAUUAAAGUUCUUAGCUAUCAACUGACCAUUAAUUAACCCAAAAGUCCUGAGGUUUAAUUAUGGAUCUCUUUUUUGUCAUUUCCUUAUAAUUCUAAUCUUCCAGCGUCCCCAAUUCCAUCUCGAUACGAUAGUCAGCAACUGUUUCGCCCUUCUGUUGGCCGGCUACGACACCACCAGUAAUUCGAUGACAUACGCCGUAAAUCUGAUUGGCCAAUAUCCAGAAGUCGCACAGCGGCUGAACGAUGAGAUUCAGGAGCUAUUCGGAGACUCCGACCCAUCUUAUGACGCCCUGAUGAAGGCCCCAUAUUUGGACGCCUUCUUCCGAGAGACCCUCCGGUUCUACCCGCCAAUCACUUUCUUCGCCAAUCGAGUAGCGACUGAAGAUGUGAAAUUGGAGAGUAUUGAUGUGACCAUCCCUAAGGGCGCAACAAUCGUAGCACCCGUGCAUUUGGUCUGUGGACAGGAAGGCAUCUGGGAAAAUCCUGAUGAAUUUAAUCCUGAGAGGUAAGGCAAUCUUCGAUAAUCGGUUUCAAAGGCUGACAUACGGUGGGGCACCUGAUCCAGUGGCAAAACCGUGCCAUUUUGCAUCCGGAAAGUAUCAAAAAUGUGGAAAAAUGCUUCCCUCAAGUGAAAAAACUCCGAUUUCAAAAGAGCGCGCGCCCUUUUUGUGAUGGAAUGGGCGCGCCCUUCAAAACGAAGUUUUUUCGCUUGGAAAAUGAAGCAUUUUGCCACAUUUCUGAUACUUCCCGGAUACAAAAUGGUACGUUUUUUGCCACUGGAUCAGGUCCCCCGCUAUAGGGUUUCGUUGCUUUUGAAGAAAUUUUUAAUCAUCAAAACCCCAAAAACGGCAGCUUUAGAGCCUUUUCUUGCAAAUUCUAAAAUUUUCUUCAAAUUCAAACAAUAUGCUUUUUACAUCUCUUUUAAAUAGGACUAUUGCCUUGCAAAAAUCCCCACUUACAGUGGCGGACCUGGUCCAGUGGCAAGAAACGUACCAUUUUGCAUCCGGGAAGUAUCGGAAAAUGUAGCAAAAUACCUCCAAGUGAAAAAAACUCCGAUUUCAAAAACGCGCCCGAUCUUUUUGUGAGGGAAAGGGCGCGCCCUUCAAAACGAAGUUUCUUCGCUUGAAGGGGGAGGCAUUUUGCCACAUUUUUUGAUACUUCCCGGAUGCAAAAUGGUACGUUUUUGGCCAUUAGAUCAGGUCCGCCGUUAUAAGUCAUAUUUCUAAUCCUUAACUUCUCAGGUUCCUCAACCGUUCCACCUCCGCUCCGACCACCGAAUGGAUGGCGUUCGGCUGUGGUCCCCGGAAUUGCGUUGGGUUUCUGUUCGCCGAAGUGGAGUUCAAAAUAACGGUAGUCGAAAUCCUCAAGCACUUCCACAUCUCCAAAACUUCGCCAAUGAAUUUGGAGAUCGUCUCGGUUCUGCUUCGACCGUCCGAUCCCGUGAAAGUUAGUCUGGCCAAACGUUAA